AUGGUAGCGAGACACGAAACAGUAAAUAGGAGUUCGUCGACGUCAUCGGAAACGGCUGGAGUGGUAACGGGUGGUGGAGACGUGAAAGUGGAUACGGGCACUGAUGACGUGGAUCAAGGUGAAGAUGGCAUGAUGUAAGAUGAAGUGUUU